AUGUUCAGGUUUUAUAAAUUUCUUGCAGUAUUAUUAAUAGUUGUGGAGAUUGUAACUUCUUUAACAGUACCUACAGAGUACACAAAUCAGGUUACUGUAGAAUAUUAUCCGAAUAAGAAUUGUAAUGGCCCACCACAUCUUGUAGAAUACUACGAUACCUGUUCGCUAAAAGGAGUGGUAUUAGUGUAUGACGAUCAUUUCAUUCUAUAUAAUACAACAUUCAAUAGAGAACCGAUUGAUUGUGAUUUGGUCGACCACUCCGAUCUCAACACAACAGUAUAUGGAAUCUAUUAUCUCGAUACCUGUAUGAAUCAUAACUCAGGAGUAUCAAAGAUGUCUAAGCGAUCAAAUUUUAAAACGAAUCCGGUCGAUCCUGCUAAAAUAAACACUUGUACAGCUAUGUUUUAUUCCGAUCAGUUGUGUAGAAAGAAUUUCUUCAUCUACCAAGCUACAAUGAAUCAAUGUUUUAGAUCAGACAUGGAAACAAGUUAUGUCAUGAUGUAUUGUACCGAUACUGAAUUUACCUUUUAUUCUUGUGACGAAAAAUGUGAAAGAUGCAAGAAAAAUGACAAUGUUAAAAUCAACAAAGAUGGAAAGUGCAAAGCCGAAAGUGGUGGAUCAUCAAGUUCUUUUUUUUUAUUAUUGGGCUUGGAAAUGGAUAUUUUUUUCUCUUUGUCACACACAGAUGAACAAUUAGAGCUAAUCUAUAGGACAACCAAAGAGGGAACAAAGAUGUUCAAUCUUUAUAAAUUAUUUGCAUUAUUAUUAUUAGUUUUGGAAAUUGUAACUUCUUUAACAGUACCUACAGAUUACACAAAUCAAGUUACUGUAGAAUAUUAUCCGAAUAAGAAUUGUAAUGGCUCACCACAUCUUGUAGAAUACUACGAUACUUGUUCGCUUAAAGGAGUGGUAUCAGUGUAUGACGAUCAUUUCAUUCUAUAUAAUACCACAUCUCACAGAAGACAACGGAUUGAUUGUGAUUUGGUCGACCACUCCGAUCUCAACACAACAAUAUAUGGGAUCUAUUAUUUCGAUACCUGUAUGAAUCAUAACUCAGGAGUAUCAAAGAUGGCUAGGCGAUCAAAUUUCAAAUUGAAUCCGGUCGAUCCUGCUAAAAUAAACACUUGUACAGCUAUGUUUUAUGCCGAUCAGUCGUGUAGAAAGAAUUUCUUCAUCUACCAAGCUACAAUGAAUCAAUGUUUUAGAUCAGACUUGGAAACAGGUUAUGUCAUGAUGUAUUGUACCGAUACUGAAUUUACCGCUUAUGUUUGUGACGAAAAGUGUGAAAGCUGCAAGAAAAAAGACUCUGGUGAAAUUAACAAAGAUGGAAAGUGCAAAGCCACUGAUGGCGGAACAGCGAGGUUUUUAAGUGGUUCGCAUUUGUGGUUAUAUAAUAUAUUGAUAGUGAUGGCAGUAACAGAUUUUCUAUCACCACAAAACGAUAGUAGUUCAAGUAACUCUACGGUCAGUCUAACGACUGGUUGGAAGGGUUUCUCAUCGAAUUUUUUCACGAAUAUCAUCAUUGCAACGAUUCUCUUUACUCUUUUUUAUUUUCUGCGGUUUUUCUACAGAAGUUUCUAUAAUGCGCGACUCAUCAAGAGUAAUGGCGCCACUUCACAUCUCAUCACCAGUCCGAUAGCAUGGCUGCGCUACACAUGGAGUUUUCCAGUGGAGUCGGUUUUUGAAUCGCGUGGAAUCGACGCAUACAUGCAUUUGCGAUUCCUCAUUCUCUGUAUACAACUACUCUCGAUUAUCUUGGUGUUUGGCAUCGGUGUACUACUGCCACUCAACUUUACAAGCAGCAACAGCUACCUCCACGAACAAGGAGUCACCAUCAACAACCUCGAUUCCGUAUCGAUCGCAUCAAUCCCCGAAGGUUCGAAGCGACUCUGGGCACAUUCACUUUCCAUUCCACUAUUCACUGGUGUAUCAUUAUUUUUAUUUAGAAGAACUUAUUUAAUUUAUGUCGAAAAAAGAAUUAGAUGGAUGUCAAAACAUCAUCCAAGAAACUACUCUGUUAUGGUGAGGGAAAUGAGCAAGUCAAUCAAGAAUGAAAGCGAUAUGAGAAACUAUUUCCAGAAUUUCUUUGAUCCCAAAGAGAUAUUGGCGUGUCACAUUGUCUACAAGGAACCAAAGCUGCGAGAUCUCUGGAGUCAAUAUCGAUCAACCAAGCGAAAGCUUGAUCGUAUCAUAUCGAAAACAGAGAUUACACAUCUCAGACCGACUCGUGCCAAAGGAUGGCGUCCAGGUACACUCGGCGGUGAAGUAGAGGAUUCGCUGUCGUACUACGAGAAGAAACUGGUGAUGAUCGACGAAAAACUGAAAGAAGCACAAAUAGAAGCAUCGCUACCUAAAGAAGGUGUUGCGGCAAUGGAGUGGAAACUGUCAGAUUUGACACCGAGCAAUAUUCGCCACUGGACUAGCAACACCGCCAAUGCUGGAUUCAUCACAUUCGAUCGUAUGGCAAAUGCAUCCAUUUGCUCCACAUGUAUAUUCUCAGAGAAACCAAAUAAAUUUAUUGUAACACCCGCUCCAGAAUUCAAAAAUAUAAAAUGGGGAAAUCUUGUUAUUUCAGGUAACGAAAGAAUGUUUAGAAGAAUAGUUAUAUCGAUUGCUUUCUUUGUUUUGUUUUGUUUUUAUAUGAUUCCAGUCACUGCUAUCAGUGCCAUAUCCAAGUUGGAGAAUCUUGCCAAGGUGCCAAUUUUGAAUUGGAUGGUGAAGGUUGUCGAGUUGAAUCCAUAUCUUCAGGGUCUGGUUGAGGGUUAUCUUCCUUCGUUGGCUUUGGUUGCAUUCAUGGGUCUGCUGCCACUGUUUAUCAAGUUACUCGUUCACGUCAACAAAGAGAACACCAAGACUAUGUUCUAUCACAAGGUGUUCACUACGUAUUGGGCAUUCUUGGUUGUCAAUGUUUUCAUUGUCGUAACGAUCUCUGGAUCGGUGCUCUCUGUACUCUUCAGAGUCAUUGAAAAUCUGACAUUGAAGCAAAUCAUCACACUCUUUGGUUCAUCGCUUCCAACACAAUCGUCAUUCUUUAUCAAUUAUAUUCUUGUACAAUCGCUGACCUCUGUUCCAUUCGACAUUAUCAGACCAAUCGAAUUGAUUGCCGGAAUCAUUCGUUCCACUAGAGUCACCUCGCCAGGUGACAAAGUUGACGCAAUGUCACGUAAUGAUCCAACAGCUCUGACAAGUAUCAAAUAUGCAAGAGAAUUACUUAUUUUAGUUAUUACUCUAUCAUAUAGUACAUUGUCACCUUUCAUUUUACCAUUUGGAUUGAUGUAUUUCUUGAUCGAUUUCUAUGUCUCCAAGUACAACCAUAUCUAUUCUUUCUGUCCCAAGUAUCAAUCGGGUGGAACAAUAUGGCCAUUGGUAUUCAAUAGAUUAUGUGUUGGAUUGAUCAUCUACCAGUUGACAGCAGUCGGUAUUUUCCUUUUGAAAGCAUUCAUUCCAGGUAUUAUCAUUAGUUUCCCGCUUCCAUUCAUCACACUAUUCGUUUGGUGGAUCACCGUACAGGACUACAAGAAGGCAUCAUCCGUCCUACCAUUACAUCUCUCUCCAGAAGGUGAUUUCUUUGGUAAUGAAUUCCUUACAUCCUAUCAAGAUCCAGUUGUAAGUGUUUCUGAUAUGAAAUUUUAA